AUGAAGCCCUCGGGGCGUGUCUACAAAUAUCUCUCUUUUUUUUUUUCCCUCCUAAUUUUUUAUUUAUUUUGUUGGUUGAAGGGGUUGGAUUUUGUUAUAGCUGAAGCAAGAAGGUAUGGAAUUAAGCUGGUAUUGAGUUUGGUAAACAACUACGACAGCUUUGGGGGCAAGAAACAGUAUGUGAACUGGGCUAGAAGUCAAGGACAGUACUUAACAUCUGAUGAUGAUUUCUUUAGAAACCCUGUUGUUAAAGGAUAUUACAAGAACCAUGUUAAGACUGUUCUUAAUAGAUAUAACACCAUGACUGGAAUUGUUUACAAGAAUGAUCCAACAAUCAUGGCUUGGGAGCUUAUGAAUGAGCCCAGGUGCACAUCAGAUCCAUCAGGAAGGACCAUUCAGGGGUGGGUAAUGGAAAUGGCUUCAUAUGUGAAGUCAAUAGACAGAAAUCACUUGCUGGAAGCUGGGCUUGAAGGAUUUUAUGGACAAACAACACCUCAGAGGAAGAGACUCAAUCCUGGUUAUAAUAUUGGAACUGACUUCAUUGCCAAUAAUCGCAUCCCUGGGAUCGAUUUCGCUACAGUUCACUCCUAUCCUGAUAUAUGGUAAACUAUAUCAAUUUUUUAUCAUAGAAAAAAGAAAUUUCAAGUUUCAUUACAGUAAGAGAAGAAUUCAACAUUAACACUAGAACUUAACCAACCAAAGUAGUUA